AUGUCUACCGGAACAGAAACAAGUGUAAUAAUCCUGGAAGGAGAGACAAUAUUGCCUCUCAGUAUCAUAUCACUGGAAACCUUUAUCGGAAGCUUGGUGAAUGGCUUCAUGGUCGUUGUAAACAUCGUGAAUCUUUUACGAUAUGGAACUCUAAGUUCUUGUGAUUUAAUUUUGACCUGUCUUGGCAUAUCUCGCUUUUUAUAUCAGUGGUUAUUCUUCUCCGUCUGCUUUUUUAUCUGGACUAAUGGUUUAGCAUAUUCAGGUUCACAUUUAAUUAUUGUCUUUGUAAUUGUGAUUUUCCUUAACAAUACGAGUCUCUGGUUUGCCACCUGGCUUUGCACCUUAUACUGUGUCCGAAUUGUUAAUAUUAACUGGAGCAUCUUCAUCAUUCUAAAAAGGCAUUUCGACAGAUGGAUCCCCUUCUUGUUGGGUGCCAGUACUGUAAUAUCAAUAGUACCCAGUAUAAUUCUUGCCUGCUUCUCUCAAAAACCUGAUAUGAACUUUCCCCUUCAACAAUCCGCCAAUAACACUACAGAAUUGACCUUCUCCAAAACACAACAGAUCAUCUUUAGCGCAACUUGCACCUCGGGCACCAUCCCACCCUUUAUCAUUUUUUGCAUAGGGAUUAGGCUGAUGGUGGGUUCUUUGUGGAAUCAUACACAGAGAAUGAAGAGUCAAUGUAAAACGAGUUUUAGAAAACCAUCGAUGAAAGCUCAUUAUGGAGCAAUACAGUUUAUGGGAUGGUUCUACCUUUUUUAUCUAUUUUCUAUGGUGGGCUUUAAUACCUUUGUGUUAGGAGGUGCAACUGAUCCGUUUGUUGCUCUAUUCUGCAUUUCUGUGGUUGGAGCUUACCCGUCCAUACAUUCCGUGUUUAUUGUGUUUGGAAAUUCUAAACUCCGCACAACGUUCAUUAAGCUCCUGAGAAAGGCCAGAUGCUAUUUCUUGAAAUCCCCUCAAACUGAAAUGGUAGCAAUAUAA